UUGUUCGUUAUCGAACCCGCUUUCCUUGGCAAGAUGGCUCCGCUGUUGGUCCCACUGGAAUGCGUCUUACACCUACAGAGAAGAAAAUUAGCUAUUUUACUUCAACAGACAAGUUUUUAUCAUGUUUGGCAAGGAGGUAACAAACCGAAUGGGAAGCAACGGAAACAACAGACUACUUAUUUGCUGAGCCCCAACCUGAGGACAGCCACAUGGACAGUCAACAGGAGUGACAACAGCAGACGUUUACUGGAAGCUGCAAAGCAUUUGCAGGUGACAGAUCGGACAUGUUGGCAUGGAAAUGCGGGUGGAAGAUUAAACGCAGACCCCAAAAAUGUGUUGAAGGAGGUGAAUUCCCGGACCAUCCUGUCUAACAUGAUGUCCUACGUCUGGCCCAAGGACCGGCCUGAUCUACGGGCUAGAGUAGCCAUCGCCCUGGGGCUGCUGGCUGGUGCUAAGAUGACCAACGUGAUGGUACCCUUCAUGUUUAAGUAUGUUGUGGAUGAGCUGAAUGGACUGUCAGGACACAUGUUGAACCUGAGCGACGCCCCCAACACCGUGGCUACCAUGGCAACCGCUGUUCUUAUUGGUUACGGUGUGUCCCGUGCCGGUUCGGCCCUCUUCAACGAGCUGCGUAACGCCGUGUUUGGGAAGGUGGCCCAGAGUUCCAUCCGGCGUAUCGCCAAGAACGUGUUCCUGCACCUCCACAGCCUGGACCUGGGCUUCCACCUGUCCCGCCAGACGGGCGCGUUGUCAAAGGCCAUUGAUAGGGGCACCAGGGGCAUCUCCUUCGUCCUCUCUGCCAUUGUCUUCAACCUGGGACCCACUGCGCUGGAGAUGGGGCUGGUCGCUGCUAUCCUGUAUUAUAAAUGCGGGGUGGAAUUUGCUGCGGUGACUCUGGGUACUCUGGGAGCGUAUACCGCCUUCACCAUUGCUGUCACACAGUGGAGGACUCAGUUCAGGAUAGAGAUGAACAAUGCAGACAACGAGGCAGGAAACGCUGCCAUUGACUCUUUACUGAACUAUGAGACCGUUAAGUAUUUCAACAAUGAGAAGUAUGAAGCAGAGAAGUAUGAUGGUUAUCUGAAGAGCUACGAGUCCUCCUCCCUGAAGACCACCUAUACCCUGGCCAUGCUCAACUUUGGACAGAGUGCCAUCUUUAGUGUGGGCCUCACUGGUAUCAUGGUACUAGCUAGCAAGGGGAUCAUGGCAGGCUCUAUGACAGUAGGAGACCUGGUGAUGGUGAAUGGUCUGCUGUUCCAGCUCUCUCUGCCUCUUAACUUCCUGGGCACCGUGUACAGAGAGACACGCCAGGCCCUGAUCGACAUGAAUACACUCUUCACACUGCUCAGUAUUGACACCAAGAUCAAGGAGACAGAUCUGGCCCCUCCUCUCUCCGUCACCCCUCAAGAAGCCACCAUCAGGUUUGAGGAUGUCUACUUUGAGUACCUGGAAGGACAGAAGGUUCUAGAGGGCGUCUCCUUCCAGGUGCCGGCUGGGAAGAAGGUGGCCAUCGUAGGAGGGAGCGGAUCAGGGAAGAGCACCAUAAUGCGUAUGCUGUUCCGGUUUUACGAGCCCCAGAAGGGGAACAUCUACAUCGCUGGACAGAACAUCAGGGACGUUGGACUGGACAGUCUGCGACGGGCCGUAGGGGUGGUACCACAGGAUGCAGUGCUCUUCCACAACACCAUCUUCUACAACCUUCAGUACGGGAACAUGAACGCCACGCCAGAGGAGGUGUACCAGGUGGCACGGCUGGCAGGGAUCCACGACGCCAUUCUCAGGAUGCCCCACGGAUACGAGACUCAGGUCGGGGAGAGGGGACUCAAACUGUCAGGUGGGGAGAAGCAGCGUGUGGCCAUAGCCAGGGCCAUACUGAAGAACCCUCCUAUUCUGCUGUAUGACGAAGCUACCUCCUCACUGGACUCUAUCACUGAGGAGAACAUUCUUAAUUCCAUGAAGGGUCUGGUCCAGGACCGGACGUCGGUGUUCAUCGCUCACAGACUGUCCACCAUCGUAGACGCAGACGAGAUCAUCGUACUCAACAAGGGUAAGAUAGCAGAGCGAGGGGACCACCACUCUCUCCUGGCUACUCCAGGCUCUCUGUAUGCUGACCUUUGGAACACUCAGAACAGUAAGAUACUGAACAUUAAGAACAGCCCGGUGCAACUGCAGCCAGAGAGACUCAGCCAGAAGGAGGAGGAGAGGAAGAAACUACAGGAGGAGAUCAUGAACAGUGUCAAGGGCUGUGGGAACUGCUCCUGUUGAGGAGAGACCAGGAGGUGCCACCUCCCUCAAUACCUGUCCCUCCCUUCCUCCUCCGUCCACUGACAACCUGCGCUCAGUACUUUACGUUACACCGCUCUCCAUCUCACCCCUGCCACGCCAAGCCCCUCCCCCUGCUCCUCCCGGGAAGGCGAUUGGUGCCCGAAGAGGAGACUUGAGGAGCAAGGCUGUCUGCCAUUGGCUAAUGUCUGCAGAGAGGCAAUGUUCGUCUGCCAAUCCUCUCCUCAAACCAAGCAUAAGAGACCUUGUAUAGGAUGACGACGUCGUGCUGUAUAGGAUGAGGACAUCGUGCUGUAUAGGAUGACGACGUCGUGCUGUAUAGGAUGACGACGUCGUGCUGUAUAGGAUGAGGACGUCGUGCUGUAUAGGAUGAGGACGUCGUGCUGUAUAGGAUGAGGACGUCGUGCUGUAUAGGAUGACGACGUCGUGCUGUAUAGGAUGAGGACGUCGUGCUGUAUAGGAUGACGACGUCGUGCUGUAUAGGAUGACGACGUCGUGCUGUAUAGGAUGACGACGUCGUGCUGUAUAGGAUGACGACGUCGUGCUGUAUAGGAUGAGGACGUCGUGCUGUAUAGGAUGACGACGUCGUGCUGUAUAGGAUGACGACGUCGUGCUGUAUAGGAUGACGACGUCGUGCUGUAUAGGACGACGACAUGUAAGAACAUUACUGAUCAACAUGAGGAGUCUGUUUCAUUCUGAAGACUUGUACCAAAUGCCACCCUACGCCCUAUAGGCCCUGGUCUGAAGUAGUGCACUAUAUAGGGAAAAGGGUGCCUUUUGGGAUGAAACCGGAGGUAUUUGGAUUAGGUAUUUCUGACCGCGUUCCCCUGUAGGAAGAUGGAUGCCUUGAUGUUGAUUUGAAUACAUUUUUAACUAGUUCUUCCCUAUGGUUGGUAGGUGUUUUAUAUUCAGGAUGUGUAUAUAUCUCUAAAUCAGGGUUAAAUGGCUUCUGACUCAAACACACAUUGUCCAGGUAUAUUUACUUGGUGGGUGGUUCAAUCUUUUAGAGCAGAAAACACACACGCCUAGCUAAAGAGAAUUUAUUACCAAUAAUGAAUAUUAGACUUCAUCAUUAAUUGUCCUGUGUUUAUUGAGUAGAGAUCUUUAUCAGAGAACAUGACUUGUCAGGAACAUCAAACUGGCUGGCUAUAGUUUGUUUUUGACUGAAGAGUCCUACCUGUUUUAGUGGAGGGUAUAUUGGUACGCGUGUUGUUAGGCCAAUAAGCUAAUACAACCUUUUAACAACGGCUUCCAUUAUCGCUUUUAUACAACGGGUUAUCAACCUAUUGAAAUAAUGAUUGACAUAUUUUCAUUAAAAAAACGUUAUUUCGAUGAAUUCAUUCAUACUAUUUCAAAUUUGCCAUAAGAUAAAGUCCCGACACCCAUUUCGGGUUGCUACCCCAAGCGGACUGGUCGUUUGUUCUAUUGGUUCUUAUUCCUUGCUAGCUAGCCAACUAUGACUAACUUACUGUCACGUCAAACAGACAGCAGACGGAAUAACAAUUGUAGCUGCAUUUUGUUUAAGCUGUUUUCUAGUGACAUUUAGUUGGAUACAUCAAUAACAAUGAGCUAAUGAGAUAAUGAUUUCACCUUGGCGUAGAAAAUGUCUCAACAACACAAUCACUUGAAAAUGUCGGACAGACAAAGUUUUAUACAAAUGUCCACUGUUGAAAACUACAUUUUAGUCUAAAAGAAAAUGAGAAUGUCUAGAUGAUUUUUAUAGUGGAGAUCAAGUAUAUAAAUUGCCUGGCUGGGCUGAUGAGACAGUGGAUUGCUCAGGCAGAUGGAACCGAGUAAAUAGGCAUUUUAACGUCAUAGAUUUAGCCGGUGGGAACUUCUGGAAUAAACACCAGCUGGAAUCUGGAACACCGGAAUCUGGAACACUGGAAUCUGGAACACUGGCAUCUGGUUUUAAUUUAGGAUUAGACCCACCCGUUGUAUAGUACUGCAUUGAUCACAGCCUUUGAGUUUUGAAUAAAGCUAGUCUGAAGAAGCUGAGGGCAUUCUAUUCACAAUUAAUUUCUACCUUUUACUUAAAUGCACACUUAUGGUAUCUUUUGGAUUGUCUAACAACUAUGUUCUAGAUUAAAGAUUGUCUGACAAUGGUCUGAUAUUCACAUGGGUUAGGUAUUGUCUUGCCUUGUUAUUUGAGGGGAGCUUUUUGGUCAGAUCAGUGCCCAUGUUGCAUGAUGUCGUCAUGUACAGUUUGUUAGAACAGAAUACCAGUUGGGCUUGUUGUACAGCAGUAAUGUGUAUAAUUCUAUAAAAGCACUGGAGAGCAGUGCCGUUCUUGUGCCUAUAGUAUAUUGUUCCUAUUGAUCUGUCAGUCAAUAAAGGGGAUGUCUUUCUUAA